UUCCCGUCUCUUGGGCGGAAAACUACUAGAGCACCCCGGAGCAUGCUCCAUUGCUCGAGUGUGGAAGGUUGCACCACCCCGACAUCUUCGCUUCGUCGCAUCGAGCCAUGGCCGACCACUUGCACCUUGACGAGCCACCUUCUACACCUCCAGGUCCCUCGAGGACAAACCGACCGAACAAAUCAAUGAGGGCGCUCAAUACCAACCAGCCGAAGCAGGAGACUUUCUUUGACGAUGCAACUCCAGUCGACCGCCUAAGCGACAACGCAAAGCACAACCCUGUGCGCGACUCUCAUGACCUGUCAUUCACAGAGGCCGGUGUUAGAGACUCGGUCGUGGAUAAUAUGCUUCUGUCACUGGAUCAGUUCUCUUCAGGAGGCUUGUUCGGCGGUAGCUCAGGGCCUCGAUACCAAGGCUACGGAGAAGACGACUUCUUCCUGAGAGACACAUCCUUUCGCCCACCCGGCGCGCGCCAUCGAGGCCACACGUACACAUCGUCGCGCUCCUCCGACUACGACCCCGACGACCAUUCGCGAUACGCUGCGCACCACUCUCGCGCGCGCCGAAGCAACAGCAGCAACAACAUUAGCAUGCCCAUCUCGAGAAAGGGGAGCACACGAGACAUCCAUUCAAGCAGACAAAUCAACAACUCAUAUGGGCAGCUUGGACAUCUGAGAGGGGGAAGCAAAAAGGGCAGCAUGGGUAGCGGAUCCUCGAGCAUGGAUUUUGGCCAGUCUGGUGUCUUGGGCAACCAGCGGCUCGGGUUUGGAAAGCGCUCUGCGAGUUUUGAUCACAGCAAUGCAAGUGAUCGGGGGCGCAUCUCACCCCUCAAAGUGGAGUCGGUCUUGGACAGAGGCAGGGUCGCCUAUCAGAAUUACCACGACGAUUACGACGCAGCACCUGAGCCCACCAUUCCAGCUGGCCCUCGAAGGGUCCAAGAAGCGCCUCAGUCCCCGCUAGCACUUCCCCCGCAACCCCCGUACGCAGCACCACAGGGCCCUAGGCCCGGACGCAGAGGUAGCGUCCACUCAAACACUAGUUACAAGACCUUGCGGAAAAACAAAAGUCAACCCGGGCCAAGCAUGCGAGCACAGGCGGAGGAGUUUGUCAACGCGAGCAGAUUACGAGAACUUCCCCCUGUACCGGCCUGGCACGAUUCAUCGGCACCAUCAUCGAGCGUAGCUGCUAGAGUACCAUUGUUUCCUCCGCAACCCCCAGCGGCCUCCAAACCUGGCUUCUUCCGCCGUGUCUUUGGCGGAGGCUCUGCAAAGCCCCAGUCGCAACAGCAAAACCCGCCACCUCUGUCAAACGCGUCGCAAACCGAGCCAACGCCGGCACCCAGCAGACCACAAGCCGCAGAUGUCAAUUCGAUAUACUCGGCAAACCGACCGCGCACAACACCAAACACUGGCAGCCAAGCUCCCGUCCAGACCAAGACGUUAGCAAAGGCACCCCAAACCGCGACGUCAUCUUCGCAUACAGACACGCAACCGCUAUCACAGCCACCAACACUAGGCAAAAAGCCCUCGUCCUUCUUCAGACGUCGCAAGAAGUCAAUUUCUGAAAACACAAGGCCCCCGGUCAUGAAUCUUGAGCAUUCGCCGCCGCCGAGACCAGUGCUACCUGCGCAACCCAGUCCAGGUAUAAGCAGUCUGCGCAAGGUUAUGAACCCUUACCUGAAUGAGUCAGGACGCACCGGAGACAGAGUCCCGAGAGAUGAACAGUCCGGGGAUGACGUUGCAGAGAGCGAGCGACCACAGGGCUUCUCUCCUACCUAUAAGCCCCACAAGGACGCGGCUGUCCGCACGGUCAACGCUGACGCUCCUGGCAACGAUCAGACGCCCCCGGCAUCUCGCCAUGAACAAUUCAAGGCUUCUCAUUUGAAUAGUGCAAAUACACCCAAGCUGAAACUCAAAAUGAAACACGGCAAAUCAACCGCCUUGGCUCCACAAGAAGACAGCUUCCUUGCGGAUAGUAGCAGCGGUAAUGAGGAUCAGAGUGGUCGUGCAACACCAACGGGAGAAUGCAGCGGUGCAGAUGAUGUGCACAAAGCGAGCAUGGGCCCCACCUGGCCAUUGCCCAAACAAACAGAGGGAAGGAGCAAGCCGGCUGAUGAUCAGCGGCCCGACCAACUAUCACCCCAUGAGAACCCAACGUCGAGAAACGGAUCUGUUUCACAGUCGGCAUCCGAAGUCGAGGACGACGGUUGGAUCAUUACCGAAUCAUCAGACAUUGUCUACUCGUCGGGCAAGAGGAGUGCAGCUUCAAAGCGUGUAUGGCUCGACACCACCGUACCGGAUACUCUCGGUGAUACUACUGACGACCUGAAACUUCCAUUGGAAGGCACACGCUCAUCCCAGCUCUCACUUGAAAAGUCGCUGCCUUGCUCUCCUGAUACCCGUACACCAACCACACCCAAUGAGAUUUUCCACUCUGCAACCGAACUCCCUAUAGUACAGGUAGAAAGCCGAAACUCUGAAUCCGACACCAUGUCUGCGGCUGUUCAAGACCGAUCGAUGCACAGUGAGCCCACUGACGCGGAGCGUGGGCGUGCAUUGCAAAUCUACAGCGGAGACGAGUCUUCUGGUCUCAAGGCACAGGCUGCUGCCAUGUUGGGCGAUGUCACCCUUUCAAGCACACGAACCCGAAAGGCAUUUAUGGAUCUAUUCGACUGGACCGGAUUCAACAUCCUUGCUGCCAUGCGUGAUCUUUGCGGCAAGAUUAUCCUCAAAGCCGAAACUCAACAGGUUGAUCGUAUUCUCAUGAGCCUUUCAGAGCGAUGGUGUGAGUGCAACAGCAACCAUGGUUUUAAGGCAGUCGAUGUGGUGCAUACUAUUUGUUAUUCCAUCUUGCUUCUGAACACGGAUCUGCAUCUGGCCGACAUCGAGUCGAGGAUGACUCGUAGUCAAUUUGUUCGCAACACGCUUCCCACUGUUGUGCGUGUGUGCCAAGACGCGGUCAAAGCUGCUGGCGAAGAAACACUAAGACCGCAGUCCACUCAUUUUCGCAGACCUUCUUUGCCCUGGAACGAACGAUCGGAACCAAAUUCUCCUGGUCCUGAAGCCACCAACUUCACUGGAGAAGUUUCUGAAGAGCCCGCCGAGGCUAGGAAGACCCGUAGUCGACUUUCCAUUCGACCUCCUGCUAGGAGCGGCAGCGAAGUACUGGUUUCUUAUGAUGGCACAGGGUCAGAGUCCAAUACGCUUGUUAACACGCCCUACAAUGGGCCCAUGAAGGGUUGGGAAAUGCAGAUGGAGACGGUGCUCAAGGAGUUUUACGACUCCAUUCGCAAACAACGCCUGCCGCUCCAUGGAUCUUCAGACCUCGUUGUUCAUCAUCAGCCUUCCAACAACAAUCUUUCGGUUACUGGGAUGCUACGUCGGACCCCAAGUGUGCUUAGCAAAGCACCUUCGGACAACACUAGUUACCGAGGCAGAUCACAGAAUGAUUUGCGUAGUAUGGGCAACCGCUGGGCUUCUAAGAACCGCUCAAAACAGAGACUGUACCCUUCGUCUACUGUCGCAUCAAGCCGCACAAGUCUGGACGAUCAAUCUGUAUGGAGCCCUGCUGGCUCCAGCACUUGGAGUCGGUACUCGUACGGAAAGACCGGUACGUCAAUGUCAGUGGAUUCACUUGGCUCUCAUUUCGCGCAUGGCGAUUACCAGCAAGCUAUUGGCUUUGCCAAUGCUCUUAGCCAGGCCAUUAUUCGUGAGGAAGGCAUGACUAUUGCCAGCGACGAAGAGUUCUCUCGUGUCGCUCCUCUCUUGGAAGAUGAGACUCUUGAGCUUGUUGGAGCGCCAUGGGCGAAAGAAGGUAUUCUUAAGCACAAACGACACCUCGAAACAGUGGGUCGGAAAGCUAAAGACCGUACUUGGAACGAGUGCUUUGCAGUGGUUGAGAAGGGCUGUAUGCGCCUGUUUUCUUUCAGCAUGAAUUCUAAGGCAGCGAGACAGAAGAGCAAAGCGAAACCAUCAACUGGUGGUGUCGUAGGUGGUGGUAACUGGAUGGACAAUGCCGAGGCCCUGGACAGUUUUCAACUCCGACAGACGAUUGCGAGCGCACUACCACCUCCUGGAUACUCGAAGACUAGGCCACAUGUUUUCGCUCUUUCACUUCCCAACGGUGCCGUCCAUUUGUUCCAAGUCGGAACCCCUGACAUUUGCCGGGAGUUUGUGUGUACUGUCAACUACUGGUCUGCCCGUCUCUCCAAGGAGCCCUUGACUGGUGGUGUCAGCAGCAUGGAGUAUGGCUGGGGCGAGAACGUCAUCAACCCAGCCUUGAUCCGACGGGACAGCACACCGUCGGUGCAGGGGCACAUGCCUCGUCCGAGUGUCACAAGCUCCCUUCGUAGUUCGAUGGACCAUGCCACUGGCGCGCCCAAACCCAGGCUUCCUGGUGAUAAGGUUGUCCUCUCUGACUGGAGCCCACCGGCGUCGAGCAUGAUGGCCAGCACUCUUAUGGAAGUGGAUCAGCUCAGAGCCUUGACUGAUUACGUAAAGAAUAUUGAGAGCGAGCUGUCCCAUCACAACGAAUUGAGAGCGCCUUUGCUCAUAGCGUUCUCACCUCGCCAUCCCAAUGCGGCAAAAGCCAUGGCCAACUGGGAGCGCAAGUCGCAGUACCUUCUCCGGGAAAUCGUCAAGUUCCGAACAUACAUUGACACUCUAGCCAAUGCACAGGCCCAGAAACAGAAGAUCUAUGCCGAGCGCGAAGCUCGCGAAGCAGAAGCGGACGAGACGAACAAGGAUGGAGAGUCGAGUGGCAAAUCCAAUGAGGAUGAUGGUGCGAAUGAAGCCUCCAAGCCUUGUCCACCUGAAACCUCACCCAGUCCUGCCCUGACUGCCCCCUCUACACUUUCACAUGCAUGAUAACCAUUACCACGUGGUUUUGUGCAUACUGAUGAUUAAUCUUUGUUAUGAACAGUUACCCCUUUAAGGUGCACAGUACGACGUUUGCGACUUCUCCAUUCGUCGCGACCGAGCUUGAGACAACAGCGCCCGCAUUCAGUGGCUUG